AUGGAGGAGGGAGGCCGUCACAGUUUGGCCCUGCUUAUUGAGGUGGUGGGUCAAAUCGAUAAACUAACGUCUGACAUUGACUUUGACCUGGAGCCGGAUGACUGGACGGUGGCCACAGCCAGCAGUACGUCCAGCAGUGAGCGGGGUCUGGGAGAAGCCUUCAGACUGGACUUCCUCAAUGCAGACGUGCUUUCUGACAGCUGGGAGUUCUGCAGCUACUUAGAGGCGGCGGGUGCGGCCGCUCGCAGAUGUAGUGAGCAACCUGGGGACCCGCGACAGGAGCUGGGCCGUGGGACUAUCCCCACCCAGACCCAGACCCCCACCCCGCCCCCCACCACUGCCUCAGUCUACUCCCAGAUGAAUGGUGGGCUGCCCAUCCCCAACGGACCACGCAUCAUCACUCCAGAUUCAUCCAGCGAGGAGGCCAGCAGCUCCACGUACAGCCAAAAAACCUCCCGCACCUCUGGCACAAGAGAGCGAGUCCGUUUCAGUGACAAAAUUCUCUACCACGCGUUGUGCUGUGAUGACGAUGAGGACGAGGAGCAGGAAGAGCUACAAGAGGACAAAAGCGGCUGUGCUACACCAGAUAGCGAUACUGAGCCCAGCCUCCUGACUGGCUCACUUGCCCCAAAACGUUCUUCCUCUGAGCACUCGCUCCUUCAUAACUGUCUGGAUCCUUCCUUUGUCUCCUCGCCGGUGAAGGCGAUGACGGGAUCUCACACGUUACCCAGAAAAGGUCUCUUAAACCCUGGCUGCCGCAAAAAACUGUUACGAAACAGCAGCACACAAACUGUCUCAGACAAGAGCACCCAAACUGUACUGCCCUAUAUUCCAACCAAACAGAAAACAAAGGACCACUGA